GUUACUUAUCAUGCGUUCAGGUUAUCACAUGUUGACAGUAUUUCGUUAUUCCCCCCAGUAACGUCUGUCUUCUUCAUGUGUUGAGUAUUUUUUGCACGAGCUUGGUGAACAAUAUUUUCGACGGAAGUAGAGGUUAUUAGCAUCAAGCUAACAUUAGGUUAUAGUUAGCCAUCACUAGCUUACAAACACAGCCUUUGGACUUGGCUUCACAUCGGAUAUAAUAAUUUGUUUUGUGGUCGAAUGAUGGAGGCUAGCGGUAUCGACGUGGGUUCUGCGCGGGGACUAGUCGAAGGCAGCAGCUCCCCUCCGAAUUCGGAUAACCCAUGCGCCGACAACUUGGAAGAUUUUGGGGACAUGAUGAGCAGUUGCUGCAUACAGGAAGAGAGGGGAGAGACACCAGGGCGCGAGGACUGUCAAAUUGACCCGCUCGUUGGUGAACUGGAUAGGGCUUCUGACAAAAGUUUGGACAGAAAAGGCUUGGGGAAAGAAGUACUUUUGUUAAUGCAAGCUCUGAAUACUUUGGCCACUCCUGAAGAGAAACUAGCUGCCUUGUGCAAGAUGUAUGCUGAUCUGCUGGAGGAGAGUCGCAGUAUGCAGAAGCAGAUGAAGGUCCUGCAGAAGAAGCAGACCCAGCUGUCCAAGGAGAAGAUGCAUCUGCAGGGGGAGCACAGCAAGGCCAUAUUGGCCCGCAGCAAGCUGGAGAGUCUCUGCAGGGAGCUGCAGCGGCACAACAAGACACUGAAGGAGGAGAACACGCGGAGCUCACGCGAGUACGAGGAGCAGCGGAAGGAGGCCAUGCUGCAUUUCCAGGUGACGCUGAAGGAGAUCGAGAACCAGCUGGAGCAGCACCGGCUGCACAACCGUAAGCUGCGGCAGGAGAACAUGGAGCUGGCUGCCAAGCUCAACAAGAUCAUCGAGCAGUAUGAGCUACGGGAGGAGCAUAUUGACAAGGUGUUCAAGCACAAGGAGCUGCAGCAGCAGCUGGUGGACGCCAACCUGAAGCGCACGGCAGAGCUGAUGAAGCAGGUGGAGGAGAGGCAACAGCGGGAGAGAGAGCUGCUCUUAAAAGACGCUACAGAGACGAGACACAAAUGUGAACUGAUGAAAGAACAGGAGAUCCAACUGAAGCAGCAGCUUUCCCAGUACAUGGACAAGUUUGAAGAGUUUCAGACGACUCUGGCCAAGAGUAAUGAAGUGUUCUCCACGUUCAGACAGGAGAUGGAAAAGAUGACGAAGAAGAUAAAAAAGUUAGAGAAGGAGACGACAUUGUGGCGAACCAAAUGGGAGACCAACAACCAGGCGCUGCUUCAGAUGGCGGAGGAGAAAACCCUGCGGGACAAACAUUACAAAGCGCAGCAAGGCAAGGUGGAGCGGCUGGAGAAGCUGUGCCGGGCGCUACAGAAGGAACGCACCGAGCUCAACGAAAAGCUGCAGACCAUGCAGGGUCAGGAGCCGGUGGAGGAGGGGACGGGGCCCCCCGACCCCCAGCCAGAGGAAUCCUACAGCAGCCGCUCACCGGAGCCUAACGCAGACGCAGAGCCCGUGGAGGCAGUGCCGGGGACAGAGGAGCCUGGACUCCAUCCGGACGGAGAGCCCUCCUCCCUCCUCACCGAUGAGCAACUAGACGUCUGAGCCAGGCCCCUCCAGGGCUGCUGCCUUUUUUUUUUUUUUUUUUUUGUGGAGGUAUAUAUAUUUUUGUGUAAUAGUUAUAAAGAUUUGAGAAGAGAUUUGCAUUUGCAUUUGCGUUAGUGAGUAUAACCGCUCUGUACAUGGGGAUGCUAGGCUUGGUGGUGAGCACUUCUUUCUUUUCCUGUUCCAUCUACCACAUACAUAUUUUCCUAGGAAAUUUCAUGUGGUCAAAGUUGGCUGUCAUGCAGCAGCUUUAGAGUUUAUUUUUCUUAUUCUGAGUCUCUGUUUUCAGUCUCUUCUCUGCUGAUCUGUGGGACCAUUUUUGUUCUCCAUCUAAAAGAUGUAGCUCUCAUCUCUGGCCUGUGGGAUCAGAAUAAAUAUUCCAGAUGCAUAUAAUGUUAAAAACAUUGCUUUGUUGACUUAGCCAAGCAUAACUGAUUAACAGUCACCUAUUUUUUGUUUCUGACCAUCCUCCUAAUAACUUCAGAAAUGUCUGGGCAUUAUGAGGGAAAAGAAGUUCCCUUUUAUACCAUAUUGCAGCAAAAGGUCACGCAAAACCGUAAAAGUUGGGUUCCAAAGUUUGGGUGAAAAUUUAUAUUAGCUUUCACUAGACUAUUUUUACUCUGUGGAUCUGGAGUCUGCCUUUAGUGAUUGUGCAUCAUGGGCGACUUGAGUUCAAGGGCUAGUUUGAUCAGGCUGCUAUCAACAUUUUUGAUGUACAUUUAAUUUUGGAUGGACACUGUUGUUGACUUCAGUGUCAAAAUGUUGGUCCCAUUGAAAUGCUGCUGCCACUUCCUUGCACCAUUUGAGAUCAGUUUGAGUUCCAGAAUCUGUUUGAACAAACACGUGUUGAGGCAUGGAGCGUAAAUGGAUUCGUUCUAGCAACUAAAUGGCUAAACAUUAGUAUGACUAUGGUGAGCGCACACCUGUUCACCCAUUGUACUGGAAUUGAGUCAGUUGACAGAGCUGUUGCUGCUGGCUCUUAGGAGAAUCAUGUUUCCUGUGAUGAUUUGAUGUUGAUCAUGCUGUUGUGCUCCUGUGGAUCAGUGGACUGAUUCAACUGUCUGGUGUGGCCGGGACAUUUUCUUUUCGAACAUAUGGGGCCUUGACACAUUUGAUACUUUACUUUAUAUACUGAAAAUUCUGAUUUUUUUUUUUUUUUUUUUCCUUUUUAAAGAAACAGUUUACUCAGUAAUGAACAUGAAUAAAAUAGUAUAAUUCAUGCGUUACACUCCAUACUGAUGUUCGCUGGAACAGAAGGUAUUGUGGAGUUCACAAUGUGGAAUACUGAACUGAAUGAAUGUAGAAAUUCACCCUUGUUGCCAAACGGCCUUAAUGCCCUCUAGUGUCUGUCAUCCAAUGGAAAGGAAACAGGGUUUACCAUGCCACACUCUCAGGUCUGAGUUUGCUGUCCACAUUAGGUUAGGUUAUGGUUUAGGGUCUCUUAGAAAAAUUAUUACAAGAGACAUUCAUUUAUUAAUGCUUUUGAAAAUGUUCCAUUCAUUGACAUUCCAGGUAGGCGCAUUGCAGCCUGCCAAAACAAUAUUAAUAAUGAAACUAAGUAAUUUGACAUUUUUCAACUUAGAAGGGUCUAUUGAAGUAAUCAUAAACAUCCAUAGCAUUCUAAUCAUUGCUGAUGUGUUUGCUAAAAACAUUUGGUCUUAAUAGUAAUGGACAUGCUGAUCAGACCAGUGGCCAUGUAGUGUUGGCAGAGGGCUGAAGGGCUUAGCAGUUUUGUAUAUAUAAAGUGGCAGUGUCCUGGGGAGAUUUGGGAUGUUUGUACAUUGCCAAACUAAUGACCAAACAAGAGAAUGGAUUUGGGAUCAGUAGACUUCAACCAGCCUCUGACUUGUAUUGAGAACUUAAACCAUAUGGAGUAGACUUUUAACCAGCCUGACUUUCAGAAUACAUAAUUAUAUACUCUUCACUAACCCAUUAGAAAUGUGAAUGUGCUUUUAGAUUGUGGAGAGGCUCGCUUGUGCCUCGCAAGAUUUUCACCUCAACACAUGCAAUGAACACCUGAGCAGUGAGUGUGGUGUUGUUAUAUGCCCAUCCAAUGUCCUUUAACCCUUAAAGGGAAUGUUGAGAAAUGAAUGUUCUAAAGAAUAUCUGGGUUCAUUGAAUUCAACAUAGAAUUUUAGAACCUUCAAUUGUUGCGGAACUUAGAACGUUCAAAAACCUACACCUUUAAGGGUUAAGUGAUGGUAUGUUCAAUGAGAAGUCGCCCUUGGGUGGUUGGAAAUGAUUGGUACUUUGCCACACAUUUAAAAAAAAAAAAAAAAUGUUCUUGUCUUUGGCAAUGCCUCAGUUUGAUUCUCAGGUUAUGCAAGAAAUCUACCUCUGCAGGUGAAUCUUGCUGUGAAAGAGGCUGGAGUCAACAAUGCUUUGAAAAGCUUUAUUUCCCCCCCAAAAUGAGCUUAUGUUCCCCCCGAGAUUGUAAACAAAGAUGUUCUGUCCUGUCUUGCUUUUCAAUAAACAUUUUGUAGAAUUUUCCAAACUAUUCAACUCUA